CGUCUAUUGUAACGUCAACAUCCGGCGACACGUCUCCCCAACACACCGCCGAGCCGUUUGAUACAUCGUUAUUUAUUUAAACCUCUCCAGACUUUUCAUUAAAAGGCAAUGUUGUGUCUUUGACACUUUCUGACAACCUGAGAGUCAGUCAGGCAGUUUAAAGUGUAGUUAACUCGCGGCGCUUUAGACGAGAGCUUCAAAUGGGGGAGGUGAGGAAGCUGCAGAAGAAGUUAAGACAGAUAGAAAAUCUGGAAAUAAAAAUCAGUCUUACCCCAGAAGAGAGAUUCAAGAUCUCCAGGAAGGCGGAGCUGCGUUCCAGAUUGGCUGAGCUUCAGCUGCAGCUUUCUGGCCCGCAGCAAACUCUGGGGAUUGUGGGAGACGGAAAAAAGGAGAAGAUGAAAAGACAAGUGGAGGAUGCCCCUGAGGCCCUUCCAUCACAAACGCCUCCAGCCUCCAAGAUCCUUAAGGGAGAAGAGGAGUCCAAAACUCAAGCAACGCCAGCGCCAGCUGCCAGGAGGAGGGAGACAGGAGGGGGAGCAGAGAUAGGCAGACACCAGGAAAGGACGGAGCCGGCCAAGGUGUCAGAUCACUGCCGAGACGUGUCAGCAGGCUCUGCUGACUUUGACAACAAGCAGCGACUGCGACAGGAAGAAGCUGAAUUUACAUCCCUCAAAUCGUCGUGGGAGAAGGCAAAGUUUCGCUUGAGGCUGUUGGAGGGUCACAAUGACAUAGUCACCUGUGUGGUUGCCGUUGACAACCUGGUGGUUUCUGGAAGCCGAGAUACGACAGUGAAGGUGUGGCACGUUCCCACGGCAACAGAGCACAAGAACCUGGGGGGUCACACUAGUGGGGUCACCUGUCUGUCUGCACCUCCCCCUGAGUACUGCAAGAGGCUGGCCUGGUCCCUGUCUUUGUCCGACAAGGAGAGGUUUAUUUUGAGUGGCUCGGCAGACUGCUAUGUGAAGAUCUGGGCCCUGAGCAUUGGGCAGUGUGUUAAGUCUAUCUACACGUUCAACGCUGUGACUGCGCUCUGCUUUGUGCCAGAGGAAGACGGCUACAUCAUCACUGGGUCAGAUGCGGGGAAAGUUCAAGCCUGGAGCUGGCACACUUUCGAAAACUGCCAGUCAAUCAACGCUCACCAGGAAGCAGUCACCUCCAUCCAGUCUCAGGGUCCGCUGGUGUUUAGUGGCUCGGCUGAGGGAGGGGUCUCUGUGUGGGAGAACCAGUGUUCGGAUCGAGACCCCCUCAGGCUGCUGCACCACUGGAGCGGCCAGGUGACGGGGUGUGGAGGGGGGCCGGGCGGGCGUCUCACCCUCAGCCCGCGGGGAGACCGAGUGUUCCUGGCUUACGGUCGAGCCUGGCUCAAGAUCCUGUACUGGAGGACUGGAACGAUGUCCAGGCUGACCAAUCACAGCAGCAUCACCGGGGUAACAGAUUGUGUUCACCAGACAGGAGGCCUCCUAAUUGGUUCCUGCUAUGAUCUAGCAAAUGGAGAGAGCUCUCUAAAUUUAUUCUCUCUGCCUCAGUGUCGGUACCUGGCCUCUCUGAACUGGCCUGAUGCUCCAAGAAUCCUCUGCUUUGCGGCGUGGACCACAGGGAGCGGAGACCACCGGUGGGUCACUGGAGGUCGUGACCUCCUCGUAUGGGAGCAGCUCCCCAGUUCUGGGAAGCAAAGGGGUGACAUCACAGCGAAGAGAGACACUCGAUUGGAGUCCUGCUUCUUGGAGUCAGAGGGGGACACCGAAGAUGACGAGGACACUGAUGAUUACGAGGACAAUGAUGACAACGAUGAAGGAAAAGACAGCCGUUCUGACGGUGUGGAGGACGGAGGGUCUGGCUCGUGGUUCCGCUGUGUUCUCCAUGUGGUUUUUUUUGUUUUUUUUUUAAACCUCCCGCCUCUUAAAUGAGCUUAUUAAUGUCGUCCUCAGUAUCAUUUCUGUUUGCCUCGUCAAAUUCAAUUCUUUUGCUCCACGUCCAUUUAAUUGAACCCGUUUAAAAAAAACACAUAAUUAGCAUUUAAAUCUCUUUCCUACAGUCUCUUUCCCUCCCUACAUCGCUCUCUCUCCCCUCUCUUACACUAGCACACUCUACAUGUCUCAGUCGCUACGGCAACCGAUGCUUUUUUUUCUCACUUGCUCUCUGUAUCUCCCCCUUUCUCUCCGUCUCCCUCUCUCAUUCCCUCUCUCCACUGCCAGAG